AGAUGAUGACCAAGACCCAAAGGCGCGGGCUGCUGGGAGGCCUCGAAGCGGUGCUACUUGUGCUGUAUGGCGCGCCGCAGUUCAUCCUCCCAAGUUACGUUGUCCAGGACGUCGAGCUCUUUCGUUUCACGUGCUCGACAGUCGUCUCAGCGUUGGCGUUCGUGACGACCUCGAACGCGGGUGUUGUGUCGUUUCUCCAUUGCAUGCUACACAUCUACACGACCCUGUGCCUGGAUGACACCAACCCGUCGCUGGCAUCGACAUCGGUGUUUGUAGCUCGCGUGUUUUCAUUUGAGCGUAUGUUGUCGACCGCGCUCUUCCCACGCAUGUCAUACGAAGCCCGCCUCCGCGACAACCAGAUCAAGCUGGAAGCGUUCUUUCGACUGCACGAUCCGAGUCGAGUUGCCGAAGCCGAGACGUUGCUCCUCGAAUUUCUCGGCAACGAGUCCCUCCUGUUCGUACAACUUCGACAAAAGUACGCGCCAUCUACCGCACAGAAAAAGGCCGCCGCGACGGUCCGGUACACCGCUGCCUUCACAGUCAGCAGCCCUAUCAUCACCCAUGACACGACCGUCGGCCACGUCGUGUUGGAAUCGGCGAAAUCCCCUCUAAAACCCUAACAAACGUACUUCCAGGUCCCACCAAUUUGACCUGCCCUCCUGC